AUCGCGCAAACGAUACAGUUGUUUUUCGGCAAAUUUCACGCGCCUAUUGCUCUCGGUAAAAACGUGUAAAUUUUCCGUGACAGCCGAUCUCGAUUUUCGGUUAAAAAAAAAAAGGGACUCUCCAAGGUCCCCCCGCAAAUCACAAAUUUCGAUCGAAAUCGAUUGGUGACAUCGAAAAAAAUUCGGCGCGGCGUAAUGCAGGAAACCAAAUCGUCGAAAUCGCACGGCGGCGACGACGACGACGACGACAACGAAAUCGAGAAGUGUCGUCAGGAGCGGCAGCCGUUUUCACAGUGGCAAGUUCCGCGAAUCAAAACGAUCGUCCCGAAGAGCGACAUCGUCGAGAUUCGAGUCAACGACGAGGAAACCAAGUACAUCAGCAAAAGCGAGUCAGAGUUGUGCAGUACCAACAACAACAACAACGACAGUAAUAAAGAUUCCCCGAUCAACGCGUCGAUUCCGAAGGUAGCCAAGCUCAGCUUGGAUCUGUCCAGCGAUUCCAAUGGAAAAUGCAGCAGCACCGGCACGAAGACGAGUCCGUCGUACGUUGGGAGCAGCUGUCGAAGGUCGGAAGACGACAGUACGGAAGAGAGCGUCGGUGUCAAAUCGACGAGCGCGUCGAGAAGUGUCCCCCAGAAGCGAGCCUGCGCGAAAAGAGGCAAAGAGCAGCUGAACCAGAGCUUCUGCGGCGAGUUUUUACAGGUUGAGUUUAUUGAAUAA